AUGGCAGCUGGAUUGCCCUUGGUCGCUGUUCCUUGGGGCGCCCACGUUGCGUGGCGUACCACUACCUCCGCCAAGGGGGCUUUGCUGGUCGGGUUCGUUGCAGGCACUGCCAUCCCUGCUGGCUCCGCCAUGACGAGAGUGGCGAGAGUCGUCGGCGGCCAGAGGCGACACUACGCACAGAUGGGCGCUCAGUUUGCGCCAGGACCCAAGAGCUUCUCGGAGAUGCGGUCGGCAGCGGUGUCCAUCAAGCGCCGCUACAUGCGGCUGGCCGUGUAUCUCUCCGUGGGCUUCUUCUUCGUUGUCUUUCCGGUGUCGACCCUGGCCGCGCAAGCCUGGGAGCAGCGCAACUGGCCCACCCUCCAGGCCAAGAUCGUCGAAGUCGUCCCGAUUGAGGGCACCAACAAACGGAGGGUCACGUACAGGUACAAGGUGCUCGGUAGAGUCAUCGAGAAGACUCAGGUCAACUGGAAUGUGCCCUGGUGGGAUCGGAUCAACAACACGCAGCUUGACUUCAAGGUGGGCGACUUUGUCACAAUCUACCACCACCCUCACAACGUGAUGCUCAGCAUCUUCAAGCCCGGCAACUUCGCACACCCUAACUUCGGACGGCUCAAGGGAGAGGUCAUCGAAGACACGACCAAGCCGGCUCGGCGCACGCUUCCCCAAGUGGGACCACACUAG